AGACCAUCAAAUUUUGAGGACCUAAAAGGUUUUGGCUAAAGGUAAGGCCACUCUCAGGUUUGUUGCACUCUGGCCCCCUUUUUUCACGCACUUUGCUGUGCCAUUUUUAGGCCACGCAAAUUUGGAUGCCUGCAGCUGUGCCAUCAACAUGGAUGCAGAAGCACAUCGAAUAAUAUGCAAGUAUAUGCACAUAUGUCUUUAGCACUAACAGACGUUAUUCCAAUAUGAUUGUCGGUAUUGCUAUUUUGCGGACAGCGUUUGUCUUUGUGGCAGCAUUUCAUGCCUACAGCUUUGUACUGGCGACAACUAAUGAUGAGCUCAUCAAGUCGAGGUCGUGCCCGACAUCACAGUGGCAGGCAUGGAAGGAAAGAUACGGCAAGAAGUACGAGAGCCUGGCCGAGGAAGCUGACAGGAAAGCGAUGUGGGAGAAGAAUAUGGCCUUCAUCGAGGAACACAACUCAAAGAAAGGGAGAACCUUUGAUCUUGCCAUGAACGAGUUUGGAGACCAGUCUGAGGCACAGACAUUUAGAUCUAAAUUUUUGGCGGACCCAGUCCCUAUAAUAACACAGCAGUCUCAGUCCGAAAUCUGCAAAGCACCGUCGUAUAAUUACGACUGGUUUCACAUUCCAGCAGUUUCAAAUGGCUUAUGCAGUAGUCAACGACCAACCGGGGGCAAAUCUAACAAACAGGAAAGCUUAACGCAGGGUCACAAGCCCCGUCAUAUUGUCAUCAUCGGCUCGGGACCAACGGCACUAGGCGCAGCACGACGACUGGCCGAACUCAGAGACCAGUUUAACACCAAGGUUACCAUCCUAGAAGAAGAAGCUCUACCGGGCGGACUGGCUUCUUCUGAGCGAGACAAUCAAGGCUUUCUCUGGGACAUGGGAGGCCAUGUCGUCUUCUCUCAUUACGAUUAUUUCGACAAGACGCUGGAUCGUGCAGUACCACACUGGAACCAGCGAGUCCGCGCGGCCUUUGCCUUCAUGAUGGGAUCAGACGGCAAAAGGAGAUUCAUCCCUUACCCAGUCCAGAACAACAUCGAAGCCAUGGACAAAACUGACCAGAAAAGAAGCCUGGAUGGUCUCCAAGAGAUCACCCGCAACCCUCCCGACGGCAGGCCCAGGAACUUCGACCAGUGGCUGUUGCAGAAAUUCGGGGUCGGCCUCUGCGAAGUGUUCAUGAGGAAAUACAACAAGAAGGUGUGGACGGUCAACACUACCGAAAUGAACUCGGUCUGGGUGGGCGAGCGAGUCGCCGUACCCGACGUCAACAAAAUCCAAGCCAAGAUUAAAGCCUUUGAUCAAGGGACUCCGGUGGAGGACUCGGGGUGGGGUCCCAACCGGUACUUUCGCUUCCCAAGAUUCAACGGCACCGGGAAUAUCUGGAGCGGAGUUGCAAACUUGGUACCGCAGGAAUGGUUUCAGUUCCGAAGUAAAGUGACGAAUGUCAAUUUUGACACUAAAACAAUAACCGUCGGAAGUGCAGGGAGUUCGCACCGUUCAUUGACUUAUGACACACUGAUAUCGACAGCACCCUUGGACAAAUUUGUAAAAUUACUUAUAGGUAACGAUCCAUCACUUGCUCAAAUAUACCAUUACACAUCAAAGCUGAUAUACUCUCACACUCACGUCAUAGGCAUUGGACUCGUUGGCCAACCCCCUAAGAUUCUGUCCGACAAAUCCUGGAUGUACUUUCCGGACUCUGAUUCUCCGUUCUACCGCAUUACAGUUUUCUCGGCUUACUCUGACGAUCACGUACCCAGGCCUGACAGCUUUUGGUCCCUGAUGUGUGAGGCUGCUGAACCAAAGAACGCGCCAGACCCAAGCUAUUGGACAAAGACAAACGUAGUGGAGGCAACAGUCAAGGCUUUGGUGACGUACGGUUUCAUUUCAGCUGACAUGGUUGUGUCUAAAUACUAUCGCCGACUGGAUCGCGGCUACCCAGUGCCUUCCCUGGCAAGGGAUAACAUCCUACAGUUUGUCCAACCCUGGCUAGAAGCAAAACACAUCUACUCCCGCGGUCGGUUCGGGGGAUGGCGGUACGAGGUUGCAAAUCAGGACCAUUCUUUCAUGCAAGGGGUCGAGGUUGUAGACCGGCUUUUGCAAGGAAUUGAUGAGGAGACUUAUUCCAACCCAAACCUCGUCAACUCUCGCAAAAACAGGGGUCGUUUCCUGGAGCCCGACCCCGGGAACGGGUUCAUUCUCUUGCGUAACUAGACUAGAAAUCUGAAUUUUUAUUUGUUAGAAGCAUUUCAUGGUCAAAAAGCUUCAUUGUGGUUGUAACUCAUA